AUGACGACAUCCGCACUGCAGGGCUUGGCUCGGUAUCUGAACGACGGCUUUGAGUAUGUGCGGGCGAACCUAUGGAACGUUGCCGUUGCCCUGAUCCUACUGCAUUUUGUGCAAAGGAAAUUCAAAGACUACUUUGUCUCUCGAGGAGCCGCAUAUCGACUGACACACACCGAUGCAGUUCGCGCGUCGACCGGCAGCGACACGACCAGUGCUGGAUCCUCGACAAAGUCUCGUAACGAACAGUUGCGGGCUGCACGUGAACGGCAACAAGAAUUUGCGAAUCAAAAAGCCAGGGAAGCCGCCGUUGAGCGAAAACGCAAGGCGGAAGCCGACCGCACACGAAAAAAUAGAAUCGUUGCGGACCAGGCAAAAAUCGAUCGCGCGGGGGGCAGGACGAUCGGGGAAGCAACGUCAACAGAAGCAGUAAACAACAUGGGAUAUAAUACCGUGCAACCUUGGACGGGAAGUACCGGUGGAUACAGAAUACUCGGCCCAUAUGAUUACCAGUAUUUGCCAGCGAGCACAGAAAUCCUCGGAAAGCAGACAAGAUACCUGCUCAAUAGCUUGAAUAGCCAAAGAAAAUACGUGACGGUGAAUUCACAGUUGCUUUACUUCCAUACACCCAACUGCAUGUGUGAUGAUCUGCCUCACGAUUUGCUGCUCAAUCUCAUCGAUGCAGCAAAGAAGAAUGAUACAGCAUCAUGCGCUUCGUUGCUUGGACACCGUAAGCUUGCAUCAAAGGGGUUGAACUGCUCUCUCUUAAAAUGCUCAGCUUCGGCUCGCAAAAUUCAAAGAAGACUGUUUCCCCUACAUCAAGAAAAGGAAUGCACGACGUAUUCCCCAGAUAAUUUCGAGAAUCUCGUCGAAGCCCUGAUGCUGUCGCCAUCUGCAUACGAGACACCCUAUAUUGUUGCUUGUGAGGUUUUGGAAGUUGGCAGCAGUCUUGGUUUCUCAACCAUCUCCACAAUUUUGGUGCACAUUCAGACUUUUCUGCGGCGAGAGAUUACUUCGUGGCUAGACCGUGAUCGAAAGUUGGUCCAAAAUUCAAGAAUAGCGCGAUCUGUUCAACCUUUGGGAGGCGAAAGUUUAGCAAAGCGAAGCCCAAAGUUUUGGAUACUUAAACUGGUGAAGAUAAUCUCAGGUGUCUUUAAUUAUCAAUUGCCGGAGAGUGCUGAAUGCGAUGGGGUAUAUGAAGAAGUCGAAAGUGCAGACGAUUGGACUGCUCCACUAAAAUUGCUGCCGCUCCUCAUUUCUUAUACGCGACAAAUCGAUUUUUCUGUUCAUGAAGAUAUUUUUGAUGCUGUAUUCUCUGACUCUUGUCGAAGCGACCGACUACUUGUGUGGAUACACUUGGCUUCCGACCAUAGGCUGCAUUUAAGAGAUAGGGAAUGGGACAGAAUUGAGGGGGCAGUGGAGUCUACUCUUGAGAUGCAACAGUUUUCAGUCCAUUUCCGCCAAGCCGCGGAGCUUUCCAAAUUUAUACUAUCAUUCUGCUCAUUUUUUUGUGCGACCUCAAGUCAGGUUCGUUUACUCCGUUGGCAAAUUCUUUUGCUUCGACUUUUGAGUGAAGUAGCCCAUGAUGUCCAAUUAUACUUUUCCGUGGAGGCGGAAAUAGAGACAGGUCUUCUUUUGCUACAGUCUUCGAAUCUCAGAAAACUAUCUGUGAGCUUCUCAUCUAGCUCUUUUGAGACGCCUUCAUUUGUGUUGGUUAACGUUCUGUUACUCUUCAUAAGAGCUUGUCAGUUAUCUGGAUUGAAGCUGGUGGGGGAUAUACUUUCGAAUACAGCUAUUAAGGAAGUCCAAGGUCUCGUCUUUCCCGUGUGCUGGAACAAAAUAGUCCUAUUGCUCUCGCCAAAACGGAUUCGUCAUAUGAAAACAGAAAACAACCAAAAUAUGUUCAAUGCGGUUUUUGACGGUGCCAAAUACAUCGGAGGAGGAGUAUUUAAAAAGUCGGAAUUGCCUAUUACGGAACUCUGCGCUUCUGGUGCAAUAGUUUUUCAAAGUCUGCACUUGUUCGGCCAAGCGAAUACUUUUGGGUCGGACAUGGAAUAUAUCUCAAAGUCAAUGACGUACAGAAAGUGGUUAGGUGCUGUAGAGCAAGCACUUGAUUUAAUGGUUGCCUCGAAAAAGCGCCUCCAUUGUAUGGCUGUUGCAGUGGUCAUUGUCGUUCUAUUUUGUGAAAUCUCUGCGUCCCGCAAGUUCAUCAUCGAGAUUUUGCUUAAUACUUUGUCCGCAGACAAUGUUCGCAUACCUUUGGAGCAGUCGGUGCAAGAGCUGCAGUCCCUUUUUGCUUGUGAUAUAAUCACUGUCAUUUUGGAGAGCCAGGCUUUUGGAUUGCUUGUGCGCACAGAAGAAUGCGACCUGAAGAACUUAGUUGCAAUUUUCGAUCAAGAACUUCGACUCCCAGUUUUUACUCAUAUUAUAACAACAAUCUUCCCCCUUCCAGCGGCUCGAAAAGUGAUGUUCGAUAGGGCAAAGCGCAUCUUAGACACUUGCUCAGCUACUGUGCGAUUCUCCCGAUGUGGGUUUCCCUCGACAAACGAAGCCAAAGAAAAACUUUCUUUUUUAAGCUUAGAAAAAAAAUUCGAGGAGGAUGAGGCAAGUAUAAAGCGGUCAUUGGUUAUAAUGUGUAAUCUGAUCUGCCUGAAAAAUGGGGAAGAUUCUGGAGGCUGGGACGUCUUGCAACAAAUCAUUGUUUCGAACAGACCUGUAUUGCCUGCUUCGGUAAGAGGGUGGCUUUUUGUACUCUUGCGCUCGAUCGUGAGGAAAAACCAGAUCAAUCAAGAAUACCGUUGUCGGCUGCAGGCAGCGUGCGUUCUCCGCUUCUGGAAGUUUUGCCUAGAGGCUAUAGAUACGGGCUCUGGAGGAAGAUUGAAGGUCUCAAGUGCCCUAGACGGAUGGUCGGAUUCUAUGGGGCUCGCCGGCAUGCGAAGCAUUCUUGUAGAGGAUCUGCCUAAACUUCUACAGCUGAUUUUGACAAUGGCUGAUGAGUACAGCGUUCGCGACAAGAAGCAUAAUGCUUUUCUCGUUGAAUUCUGGAGGAAGAACUUUUGGACGAUGUUGCAUGUAAUGCAGAAUGAUUGCACUCAAGACAGGCUUUUUACAUUAAGGGCAACAGAUUUCGGGGGUCCUGGUGAUUUAAUGACAGAUGCUUCGAUGCGUUGCAUUGCCUUGGCUUUGAACGCAAUUUUGAAUAUUAAUAUCAAUGUGGUAUUUUCAGGGCUCAAUUUUUCAGAAGCCGCGACAGAACUAGACUUCCGGCUAAGAAAACAGACAGAUGUUCUGUCUGAGACAACUGGCAUGUUUGCAUGCAAAGCUGAAGGCCACAUAGAUUCCAAGCUACAUCCGGAAGUUUCUCAAAUUGAGCUUGCUUUGUUCGAUCAAAUUCUUCGUUUCCUUCUUGGACGAAAGGAUGUUGAUGGAGAAUUGAACGGAGAGACUUCUACACCUGCCACCUAUCAUUGUUCUCUGUGUGACCUUCUUGUUUCUCGACAGAGGAUUGCGGCAGGUAUCCCUUCUGGCCAAGAAAGUUGUUGGGUCUACUGCCCAGACGCAGAGUGUGUCUGUGAUAUGAUUGAUGGUUUUCUAAGGGUAUGUGCGCCAUCGAUACCAUCACUUUUUGAAACGGAAGAGGAUAUGUUUGCCGCCGAAAGAAUUUUCAGAAUUAUACCUGAUUUGUGUUCGCAAGCUGUGUCUGCUUGCGAAGAAGCUUCUCCGAUGGAAACGAAAGAUUGCCAUAGAAUGCUACGAAUCGUGUGGAACUUGUACUGCAUUAUAUCUAAGGAAGACAAGGCAAAGAACCUUAUUACUUUUUUUGAGCGUCAUCGCUGUCUGAAUGAAGCCGCGAAAAUCAAAGCAGUCACUCCACCAGAAUGGCUGGAAGCCUUACAAUGUUCUGCAGACGUCGACUGUGCUGUUCAAGAUAUGAGACGCUCUGUUCUUGAACCUUUAAGACUGUGUUUGAUUGCUCUUUGCUCUUCUGGAAAGAGCGACCUAUCAGGAACGCUUGAUGUCCAUCUUGUCAUUGAGUAUCUCAUGUCUGUGGUUGUCGGUUGCUCUGAUGAUCUUCUUGUUGGUUUACGAGGAGAGAGUGGCGGCGUAACAACCGAUAUGUUUUCGCUCUUCAUAGAUUGCAUACGAUAUGCCGCUGAAAGCAUUGGCCGGAUCCCUCUCUUUUUUCUUGACAAGCAGGAGAUGUUAAAAGCCUGCUAUGUGUGCAAAGCUUCCACCCAGGCAAUUUGGAAGUUGUUAAAGGAGUACAGUGUUUGUACAGCAGCGCUCUUUACGAAAUCCGCUUCUCAAUGUUUUUACCAUUUACCAGCGGUAUGUCGGAAAAUCAAGCGAGCAUCUUUUCUGAAAUGGGGUACAUGCGUGUAUGAAUUUGACGAGACUGCUUCUUUGCUCGAAGCCUUCCAUUCUUGCCACAAAGCUCUCCUAAAAAAUACGGCCAGUGAUAAUCUGAUUGUAUCAGAACCGCCCACACUCGGUUCAGGCUCGUCAGAUGAUAGCGAUUUUGAUCCCCGCCACACAGAGAAAGAUUGUGACAAACGAUGGUUGGAGCUACAGCUCGAUUCCGAGCUGGUUUGUGGUCAGACAUUCUGCUGCAUAUUUGAUUCGCUUGAAUGGACGUGGGCUGAAUACCAAGACUUGCUUGAUAGCACUUCGAACGAUUGGCUUGGGCAUAGCCAAUUCGCUGUGUAUUGUCCGCAGCAAAUAUCUGCUCGUCAACUAGCAUUCUGGCUGGUUAGUCUGCUUUUUUCUAGUGAAUAUUUAGACCCGAAUGACGCACAUAAAGUGGCACAUGCGUGCGCGCUUUCCCCCCAAGCUAAGCUUCGAUUGGUUUUCCUUCUCGAUCGCAUUGUAUCGGUACAGCUGGAAUCUUUGAAGAUCCUUGGGGCCAUGGACAUCGAUAUGCUUGAAUCAAAAUUGAACGGGUGUUUUGUCGAAGCUUUCUGCUGUUCCGUUCCAUGGCUCACCUUCGAAGCAAAAGUCGAAAAAGGAUUUUUUCAGACAAAGAACGUCUUCCUUCAGCGUCUUUCGAAGCUUGCCAGUCGCUUAGACACGCUUGAGACUGAGCUCAAUCAUCUGAAGCAGCUGGGCUUAUCGUUCCAGACUAUUAACAAACUAUUCGAUGCUGAAAGAAAGGAAUUUGUGCGUGAAAAAAAGGACGAGGGCACUUCUAUUUUCGAUUUGACUUUACUUAUCGCAGAAAAGUUGGAUGUAUUGGAGAGGGGUCGUCUUGAGUUGGAAGGGAUAACUUUAAUUGAUGAGCAUCGACGCAAGAAACAUAAGGAGAGCAAAGAAAUUCACGUCAACUUGCGCAAGGAAUGUCGUCGUAAGAUCUUGCGCAGUCGCAAUCAAACGGUCGAUCUAUGGUUGCAGCAAGAUCGCGAAGCUGGUGAAGAUGAGGCAAAUGGGGACACUUUUGCAGAUCUGGAAGAUUUCUUGGUAGAUGGAUAAACUAGCCUAGGAUACGCAUUGCUCACAAUUGACAUCGUUG